AUGCUCCUGUGUGUGCAACUCUGGAGCAAAGGCAAAUAUGCAAAAAACAGAAGAGAUAGAAAGUUAAUUCUCUUCCUAGUGGGGCUUAAUGAAGUUUACAAAGUGGUGAGAGGCAGUAUUUUGAUGAUGAACCCCCUACCCACCAUUGCACAAGACUUUUCCAUUCUUAGUCAAGAGGAAAAGCAAAAAGAGGUAAAGCCUAACAAUCAACUAUUCAUUGAAUCUGCAUCUAUGAAUGUGAGUGGAGCAAGUAGUAGCAAUAUUAUGAGAGGAAAUUAUGUGACUUUGAAUCCAAAUGGGGCUAGCAGUAGUAAUUCCAAAGGACCAUACUACCAAAACCAGAACUUGACAAAUACUGGGAGCUUUACAACCAAUUAUAACCAAAAUAUGAACACUGGUUACAGAGGAAACAGUUAUAACUCUAGUAGAUACAACAAUAGUAAUAACAAUAAAGGAAAGAGGAUAGCAACAAAUGUGUAUGGUGAUGGAGUUAGUAAUGCUGAAGAUGGAUGUGGAUACAAUGAGCAAGAAUCAGAAAGUGGCAACAUAGAUGGAGAAGCUGUAAAUUUUGCAGGUAUUGUUGCUUACUCUGCUAAUUCUCCUAUUCAACUAAACUGUAUUAUUGUAUUUACUGAAUUUGCUUGCCUACUCUUACAGGGCCCUUCACAGAAGAGGCCUCUGGAGAUUGGUAGCACCAGGGGCAGUCUAUAUCUUCACUGCUCAGAUUCAAUUCAAAGAAAAUCUGGUGCUGCUAAUGUGUCAAAUGCCCUUAUUCCUGCUAGUGUGUCAAAUGCUCUUGUUGCUUUGUACAAAGAGUCUGCUUCUUUGAAUAAGUAUGUUUCUGUAAAUAAAUCUCAGUGUGAUGAAUCUAAUUCCCUUGUACAUGCUGUUAAGAAGUCUGAGUGCAGUCCUAGUGUUGUAAAGAAUGUAGUUUCACCUUGUUUAGAGUCAGUUAUAAUAGCACUACUGCACAAUUUGAUGUAUAUAUUUCCAGUUCAUCAAAUAAAAGGGAAUUGUUUGUGA